CCUUGGAUAAGCUCAAGCCGCCUUAUCAAUCUGAUGAGUUGUUUCCAUUUUCGAAUCUAGUUGAAGAAAAAUGCAAUGUUAUAAAUAGGGGGCCUGUAGACUCACCAAAUGAUCAAAAUCGUAGAAGAAAGCAACAAGAAAGAGAUGGCAACUAGAGUUAAUGGUGCAGAUUGUUUCUACAGCUAUAGCAAAAAUUCUUCUUUUCAGAGGAAUGCUAUAGAUGCUGCCAAGGAACUGAUCAAAGAAGCAGUUUUCAGCAAGCUUGACAUCGCAUGCCUGUCAUCCUCAAACACCUUUCGAGUUACGGAUUUAGGCUGCUCUAUGGGGCCUAACACGUUCCUAGCUGUGCAGAACAUACUUGAAGCUGUGGAGAACAAGUAUCGUACCCAAUGGCGCAAUUCUGAGGUCCCCGAUUUUCAAGUCUUUUUCAGUGAUCAAGCUGCAAAUGAUUUCAAUGAACUCUUCCAAUCCCUCCCUCCAGACAGGAAUUACUUUGCGAUGGGGGUACCAGGAUCUUUUUACUCUCGCUUGUUUCCCAAGGCACAUCUUCACUUUGUAUACUCUUCAUUUUCUCUGCAAUGUCUCUCUAAAGUGCCCGAGGAAGUGUUGGACAGGAACUCCCCUGCUUGGAAUAAAGGCAGGGCUCAUUACUCAAAUUCUGCACACCAGGUUGUCGAGGCAUAUUCAGCUCAAUAUGCCAGGGACAUGGGAUGCUUUCUAAAUGCUCGAGCACAAGAGAUCGUCGAAGGAGGGUUGAUGGCAUUUGUUGUUCCCGGGCGCCCCAAUGGAACCCCUCAUGCACAAAACUAUUACAACAUGACAUUAGACCUAUUUGGUUCCUGCCUCCUUGACAUGGCCAAGAAGGGUGUCAUUGCUGAAGACAAAGUGGACUCCUUCAAUCUACCCAUGUAUAAUGCGUCUCUUGAUGAAGUGGAAGCCAUUGUCAAAUACAAUGGAUGUUUCAGUAUAGAGAGAAUGGAAAACUUGCCUCAAGAAAAACUACAGCCUAAUGUGUUCCGCUCAACUGUGAGAGCUGGAAUGGAGAAUAUUGUUCGGGCAAAUUUUGGCGAAGAUAUUUUAGAUGAGUUCUUUGACUCAUUAAACAAAAAAUAUGAAGAAUCCACCUCUGUUCUUGAAUCAGUGACAGCUGUUAGUUUAUUUGUUUUACUCAAACGCCAUAGCAAGUAGUGACUAAUAAACAGAGGAGAGUUCUCCAGUUUAUUAGAUGAAACUUUGCUUUUGUGACUUGUAAGGGCCUUGGUCAUGACAUGUAAUCUUACGGAAUUAAUAAGUGGUAUUGGUUGUUCUAUAUUUUCAAUAAAGUCUUCUCUUGCUAUUA